AUGGUCGGCAUAAUGAUUGGGGCACGUUAUUUGCAGAAUGAUUUUUUUCUUGCUACAAGAGGAUUUGCCAGGCACUACACCAGUAACGCUAACGCGACAACAGUUUCAGUUAAAGAAUAUCUUAAGGAACCUGCAAAACUGAUCGCCAUACCGGUAACGAACAAGAGAAUUUACAUCUAUCAUAAGCACACUAGCGAUAUCCUCAAUGAUAGCUCGAGAAUUAUUCGAUUUGAACGCUGGAUAAAUAAGAAAUCCGCACGCAUCUGGGACAAGCUAAACCAGUCUCCAAAGAGCUAUAACAAAAAAAUUGUCUCUUAUGUCAACCGACUACUGGACAACACUCCAUGGACAGAAAAUAGCUUGAAAUCGAUACCCGGUGAGAAUUACAUUCUAAAACGGGUUACCACCAGUAGCGACAAAGAGUCGCAUCUGACUCUGGCGCAAUUCGCAAGAUCUCAAACACCGUUAACAUCAAAGCCCCUGAGCGUCUACUACCCUAGCAAAUCAAUGACCAGAGAUUCUGUGCUCCUGGAAUUGCGCAAGCUUUGCAUCGCUGGCAUGAAAUAUCACAAAAAGCAACUGUGGCUUUGCCUCCUGGGUUUGCCGCUUACGCUCCCAGUAGUGCUUGUUCCAUUGAUACCGAAUGUUCCUGGAUUCUACCUUACGUAUAGAGCCUACAGCAACUUCAAGGCGCUCCUCGGUGCGAGGCAUCUACAGACCAUACUGGACGACCAAACCCCGCCCUUGACGUUCAGGGAUGUCAAAGGCUAUUCAGAAAUCGUCAGUGAGAGUAACACCAUCACGGAUUCCGAAGAUCAAGCUUCGAAUUCCAAAGAAAGACUGAUCUUGAACGAACGUUUGAUGUCGAGAAUCGUAGACGUGCUAGAGAUCCAAGAGCUGAAAUCCGACCUGGAAAAAGUAAUUAGACAAGAACGAAAAAGGCUGCAACUGGAGCCCGAAACCCAACCCCACCCAUCCCACCAAGACAAUGUAGAUACCAAGAGGAAGUGA